GCCUGCCUGCCUGCCUGGGCAGGGCGGGGGGCUGCUGCUGGUGGUCGCCAUGACUGCUGUGUUUGCCUGGCUGUCUGCCGCAGCCGCCUGGAGCUGAGCGUGGGGAGGCGCGGCUGGAGAGGAGCUGUCCCUUCAGCACCAUCGCCGGCUCGAUUGGGGCGCCCAUGAGGCUCACCUCCCAGGCAAGGGUGUAGGCUGAGCCCUGCCGAGCCAGGAAAGGUCUUCUUGCGGGGAGAAUCCGGGGCUGCAUCGCCACCUUCUCCCCGGGUGUGACCGCCACCGGCUCUUCCCAGCGAGAAAGCUUCCUCUCCAAGCCGGGAGGAAAGGACCCCGCCCCAAGGAUGCUGUUGAGCAGCUCGGGGAAGUUUCACGCUCCUCGAGUGGGUCGGAGCAGCAAGAGAGGCUCUCCAGGUCUCCUCCCCCCGUGCCCCAUAUAGAUUUGGAAGGCGUCGCUCACCAUGACAAGGCUGAGCCUAAGGGAUUUAUCAGAGACUGAUUUGGAAGACAAUGAAAUCAGCAUCAAUGUUGGUGGCUUCAAGAAAAAGAUGAGAUCCAACACGUUGUUGAGGUUUCCUGAAACGAGGCUGGGUAAACUGCUGAGCUGCCAUUCGAAAGAGUCGAUUUUAGAGCUUUGUGAUGACUACGAUGACACCAAGAAUGAGUUCUACUUUGACAGGAACCCUGAACUUUUCCCUUAUGUGCUCCAUUUCUAUAACACCGGGAAGCUGCAUGUGAUGGGUGAGCUUUGUGUCUUUUCCUUCAGCCAGGAGAUUGAAUAUUGGGGAAUCAAUGAAUUUUUUAUUGACUCUUGCUGCAGUUACAGCUACCAUGGGAGGAAAAUGGAACCAGACCAAGAAAAGUGGGAAGAUAACAGUGACCAAGAAAGCACCACCUCUUCCUUUGAUGAGAUCUUGGCUUUCUACAAUGAUGCCGCCAAGUUUGACAACCAGCCUUUCGGGAAGAUUAGGCGGCAGCUGUGGCUAGCUUUAGAUAAUCCUGGCUAUUCUGUUCUGAGCCGAAUUUUCAGUGUCCUUUCCAUCGUGGUGGUUCUUGGAUCCAUCAUAACCAUGUGCCUCAACAGCCUAUCAGACUUUCAGAUUGUUAACAAGAACGGGGACUUGGAAGAAGACCCUCGCUUUGAAAUUGUGGAACAUUUUGGUAUUGCAUGGUUCACCUUUGAGUUGGUAGCAAGGUUUGCUGUAGCCCCAAACCUCUUGAAGUUCUUUAAGCAUGCCCUCAAUCUGAUUGACCUGGUGUCCAUCCUCCCGUUUUAUAUCACUUUAAUUGUUAAUCUAGUGGUGGAAAGCAGCCCUACUUUAGCCAAUUUGGGUAGGGUUGCACAAGUCCUGAGACUGAUGAGAAUAUUCCGCAUCCUAAAACUCGCCCGCCACUCCACAGGCCUUAGAUCUCUGGGAGCCACCCUCAAGUACAGCUACAGAGAGGUUGGGCUUCUCCUGCUGUAUCUCUCAGUUGGAAUCUCUAUAUUUUCUGUAGUGGCUUACACAAUUGAAAAAGAAGAAAACAGGGCCCUAGAGACCAUCCCGGCUUGCUGGUGGUGGGCUACAGUUAGCAUGACCACAGUUGGCUAUGGGGAUGUUGUCCCUGUGACCACCGCAGGCAGGCUGACAGCUUCGGCCUGCAUCCUGGCUGGAAUCCUGGUCGUAGUCCUUCCAAUCACACUCAUCUUCAACAAGUUUUCUCACUUUUAUAGGCGUCAAAAACAGCUAGAAAGUGCAAUGAGGAGUUGUGAUUUUGGGGAUGGGAUGAAAGUGGUUCCUUCGGUCAACUUAAGGGACUAUUAUGCCUACAAAGUGAAAUCCCUCAUGGCCAGUCUCACAAACAUGAGCAGGAGCACGCCCAGUGAAUUAAGUCUCAAUGAUUCAUUACAUUAAUCCUUGGUCCUAAGACCAGUUUGCAUGCUGGAAAACUAAGAGGUGUGUUUAUAUUUGUUGUUUCUCUCACCCCAGCAUCUAAUAUUGUUGGUGAUUCACCAAGGGAUGGAUGAUUCAUGUAAACAUUCUUUUUCAGCGUGAGAUAUCCCCUUUUUGCAGAAAUCUUUUGGUAGCGAUUGCUCAUGUUUGUGAGACUGGCCAUGUGGUGAAUUAUUUGUUGUGCACCAAGACUGAAUGACAAUAUACAUUCUGAAAUGUACGCAACUUGUGCUGGCCUGCACUUGGAAUGGGCAGUAGAGUCUCGCUUAUUCAACAUAAACAGGUCAGCAGAACGUUGGAUAAGUGAAAAUGUUGGACAAUAAGGAGGGAUUAAGGAAAAACCUAUUAAAAGUCAGGUUACAUUGUGAUUUUACAAAUUAAGCACCAAAACAUGAUGUGUUACAACAAAUAGAUAGAAAAAGCAGUUCAAUACACUGUAACGUUCUGUAGUAAUGACUGUAUUUAUGGAUUUAGCAACAAAACAUCACAAUGUAUUGAAACAACAGUGGAUCCAGGCAGGAGGCAGACUGCAUUGGAUAAUACACAACGUUGGAUGAGCAAAGAUUGGAUAAGCAAGACUCUACUGUAUGCUGAAUCAACUCCAAAGUCAUGAUGUACAUGAAUUAUCACUACAUGCAAAAAGUCCACCUAAAGGUUAUGCAAAUCUAGGUAUCUCAGCAGUACUGAAAAAGAUGCAUUUUAGUUAUAGUUUGCCACUUGACUGCAUUUUCAUCCAGCAACAUAGAAACAACCCCCUGGGUUUUUUCUACCUGUUGUCUUCGUGACAUAGUGCUGGUGGUGCUGUGCUUCUUUGUCACAUGUACAUUUUGUUUCGGAAGUCCCUGUAUGAAUACUGAAAAUAAUAUUUCCAGAACACCACAUACAUUCAAAAUCACUUCAGAAAUUAGAAACAUGUUAACUCAAUUCCAUUCUCAUUGUGAAAAUUGCUAAGCACCUAAAGACUCAAAAUUGUAUUCUCUCCCCAUGUCAAAGAACUUUCUUGGUAUCACUAACUAAAAUUUCACUUGAGGACUUGACCCUUAUGAUGAGUAAUGCUAUCAUAACCAUCCACGUGAAACCAAGAUUGAGUUUAAUUAUUCUCAUGACACUGGUGCUGAUUAUGUAAAACUUUUAAUUUAGCAAAAAGUCUGUCAAACUGUGGAUACCAUGGGUGGGAGGAAGUGUAAAGGCCAGGUUGCCUUUUCAAGCCUGUCCCCUCUACUUCCUGCUGAAGAGGCAUCAGACCUCUGCUGAUCAAGUCUGUUCUUGCACACAAAGAGCACCAGCUUCUGUGUCUUGGCCCUCUUAGGCCUGGAACAGGAGUGGAGAACAUGCAGCCAUUUACUGUGGUUGGACGUCAUCCACCACCAGCCCUAUCCAGAAUAGCCAAUGUGAAGUUUGGUGGAAAUUAUAGUUCAACAGUAUUUGGAAGAUACAAGUUCCUACCCUUGGUUUACAGCAGGCAUGGGCAAACUUAGGCCCUCUGGGUGUUUUGGACUUCAACUCCCACCAUUCCUAACAGCCUCAGGCCCUUUCCUUUUCCCCCUCAGCCGCUUAAGCAGCUGAGGGGGAAAAGGAAGAGGCGUGAGGCUGUUAGGAAUGGUGGGAGUUGAAGUCCAAAACACCUGGAGGGCCCAAGUUUGCCCAUGCCUGUUUUAGAGUCUGAUAGAUUAUUAAAAGAUUUUGACAGAAUGUUGACAACUUUCUUUAGACUGAUAGGAAGAUAAACAUGAAGCAUGCUAAGGUUGAUUUUCAAGACCAUUUGGUAUUGGCAUAUUUCUCUUCCUUCUGAGGGUUAUUGAUAAAAACUACACUGGGCCUGUGAUGACCGAUUUUGAGAUGGAUCUCUCUGCUUUGCAACUGAGAGAUAUCCAUUAGGACUUCCUCUCUCUAAAAGGUUUAUUGUGAACCAGAUUCUUCUGUUAUUGUGCCCAAGGCCUAAUAUUCUCAGGCACAAGAAACAGAUAUCUCCUGUAAACUUCAUUUAGAAGUUACACAUACAUUUAGAAGUUUACACACAUAUACCAAAAAAUACAUCGGAGCUAAAAACAUCAACAUGAGAUGGUAACUCUUGCUGCUGAUGAGUGAAGAGAAAUACACCAAAGUCAGUGGGUAAACACAGUAAUAUGUAUUGAUAUUGAUAUGAAUGGUAACUGCCUACUGGUCAAAAAUGUAUUAAAAUGAUGUAAUACAUA